AUGACCAAGGAAACGAUCGAUCAUCUAGCAACUGUUUUUCCAAUGAAUCGUAACGCAUUGAAAUCCAAAUUAAAACAUCAACGAAGUGUUUCAAUUCUUAAAGAAUUCAGUUUAAAUACAUCAGCACAUGGUAUACCAAGUAUUGCUCGUAGUCAUAGUAUUCAGAAUCGUUUAUUUUGGAUUGUAUCAUUAUUGAUAUUUGCUAUUAUAAUGACAUAUUUUAUUAUUCAAUCAAUCUAUGCAUAUUUUCAAUAUCCAACACAAACAUCUGUAUCGUUUGUUACUGAAUGGCCUCAAGCUUUUCCAGCAGUUACUAUUUGUAAUUAUUCUCCAAUACGAUAUGAUCGAUUUAUUACUCCUUUUUUAAAUUAUACAAAUAUGCUUAACUUAACAAAUACAAAUGAUACAAAUUCUUUUACUAUGGAAUUAUCUUCAUAUAUUCAUGAUUUUCUGCUUUAUAAAAUAAAUCGAAAUGAAUCUAUAAAUGAUUUUUUUUAUUCACUUGAUUCAAUGAUGAUGUCUUGUGUUUACAAUAGAAUGACAUGUACAACAGCUAAUUUUACUUGGUUUUUAUCACCAGUCUACGGUCUUUGUUAUACAUUCAAUGCUCUAUUGAAAAAUAUUGGUAUUACUGGUUUAAAAUAUAAUUCUGAUAAUGGAGUCAAUGGUUUACUUGAAUUACGUCUUUAUGCACAUCAACAUCAAUAUGUACCUUACUUAUCAAAUGGUGUAGGUAUGGUAGUAUUAAUUCAUGACAACAUGCAGUUACCUAACAUUGACAUGAGAGCAAUGUAUCUUGGACCUGGACGACAUCAUAAAUUAGGAUAUGAAAAAAAAACGAGUAUAUUUUUACCAGCACCUUAUACGACAUGUAAUGAUAAAAUUACUCUUGGAAUGCAAAUUAUGUCUAAUGAAUAUCAUGGUACUGAUUAUGGAUAUACACAACUUCCAUGUUUUUUUGCUUGCAUACAAGCAUAUUCAUACCAAAAAUGUGGUUGUGGAAAUCCUUUUCGUUGGGCUGUUCGUGCAGUUGUACUUCCUGGUACUAAUAAAUCAAUUCAUAUUCAACUUUGUGAUUUUAAAAAUCCAUGUUAUGUUGAAGCAGCAACAGAAAUUAUGAAUACAAAAAGUAUUUGGACUACUUAUUGUCCUGAUUGUACACAAGAAUGUAUAUUUUCUGAUUUUAUAAUUAAAUCAACAUCACUCUUAGCACCACCUGAAUUCUUAAUGAAUGAUAUUAAACAAUUUGUUGAAUCAUCAAAUAUUCCAUUGCCUACGAACUGGUCUACAACAUGGAUGAAUGAUAUUCAAUCUAGUUUUAUUUCUUUAGAAGUUGCCUAUGAAACAACACGAACAGAAAUUUAUUCACAACAAGCAACGAUUACUGUAGUUGAUGUUAUUUCGAACAUUGGCGGAAAUACAGGACUCUGGAU